AGCAGCAUUUCCCGGGUAUAAAUACGCUUGCCAUGCCGCCGUGCGAGUCAGUCGAACGAUAGCUCGCCCCGAGUGCGUUUUAGCAAUCCGAAUACAAGCACAGGAUCAAAUUGAGUAGUACCAGAAAUUGGAACCAAGUGAAAUUUGACGUAAUUCAUUGCCAUGGCCAUUCCCUUCUACGAAGAUGAGGCUGUCGCGGCAGCAUCAGCGGCGGCAGCGACUACCUUAGAGUCCAGCCAAAUUACCGACGGCGAUCAGGUGGAUGGUCCUGCCUAUGCCAGCGAUGCAGGCUUCGAUCAGGUGGACUACGAGGAGCCAUCGGGAGCAACAAGUAACAGUCAAACGACAUCCACUGAAACCGAGGCGCCACCUAGCACGGAGGAGCAGUUGCUGGCCUGGAAAAUGCUCGCUCUGGCCAUGUGCAAAGUGCUUAAACAGUUCUAUCUGCAGCACAAGAAGCAACAACAGGCCGGCAAGUCCACCAAACUGACAGCCACCGUGCAGAUUCAGCCGCAAGCGCAGUAAAACUAAAUUGACGAAAACAACCGACACAAUCGACAACAACAACUACAAAUUCAUGGCCCCAACACGAGGCUGAUGGCUCCUAAGCGCAACUUGUGAUUACUUUUCGUUGGUGAGAACUAGCGCUCCCUAAACUAACUAGGGAGAGAGAAAUGGAGAUGAAAUUUAUGUGAACGAUUUGCAAAAAUCUCAAAAAAUAUGAACAGAAAAAAAAAAACAAAACAAAAAAAUAACAAUUUGAUAAUUUUUGAGUAACAUUUAAAUUCUGGACAAAUUAAUCUGAGUUUUGCCGUCGCUGAGGAGAAAAUUCUAGUGAAGGCUGAUUAAAAUGUUUGGAUAAGCGCAAAUGUGAUAAAUAAUUUUGCUAAAACAUAUUUUAAGUGCUCAUUUUGGUAAAGUUAUUUAAGCAGCUAAAUUAAUACUAAUUAAUAUGAUUAAUAUUUUUCUAGUUUAGUUUAGUUUAAUUAAGUUUUUUUUCAAGAUGGUCGGCCCAGUGCAAGCAGCAGCUAGUUUUCAUACAGAUACGAACCUAAAUAUAAGUCCGAUUUUCUACUAAUACUAGAACUAAUAAUUAUGUAUUUAGAUUAGUUUAAGUUCAUAAUACCAAUUUUUACAAAACUCUCUUGGUGUCUAUUUACAAGUACGACGACGAAACAAAUCGCAUCGAUUUCACUUUUAGGUAGUUGGCUUCUUAACUUAGCAAAUAGUUAUGAAAAUAUUAUGAUAUAAAAAAUAUAUUUAUAAAUACAUAUAUUUUUGUAUAAUUAUUUUGCUGUUAAAUGUAAGUUGGUGUUCAUGUAUGUAUGUGUAUGUGUGUCAAUUUCAGUUCUAGGUCCAUUAUCAUAAGCAAUAUUCCUAAGACUACGAGUAUUUCGAACAAUGAACCAAAAACAUUUUCGUGUCACGAGCAUGAACAUAGUACAAGAAUACAAUAGAAAUCUUUACAGAGCAAACAGCCAAAUGGUUGAAAAUAACCUAAAGUAAUUUAAAUUUAAGCAUAAAA